AUGUCAGAGCGCGGAAACACUGAGAGAGGCGAGCCUUUGAAUCUCUGCGGUGCAGAGCUGGAAGAGCUGCUUCUCACAGAAACUCAGACGCCAUAUGUAACUCUGCUCAUUUGAUCAUUUCAUUUUUCCUGGAGAAAAAGGGACUUACCAAACAAGAAAAUUGCAACGUGGACUGGUGCCCCGUUUCAGCGAGCAAACGUGGUAUUUCUGCUACUUUAUUAUUUAUGUUGAUUUUUUUAAAGACACUUCUGCUGAAAAGGACUGAGCUUUUUUUUUUACUUUUGUACUGAAGCGAACUGCUUUCUACCUCUUGCCUGGUCGCUGCCAGAUUUCCCAGCAGAAGUAGGCUCUAUGACGCAGACCGUGUGCAGAGCUUUAUCCUAAAAGUUUUCCUCCGCAACUUUUUUUUUCCCCUUUCUUUUUUUUUCCCCCCUCCACGAAACACACGGCAUUACAUGCUACAACAAGUCGGCGCAGAGCGCUGGAGGAGUCAAAAGAACUACUGCAUGAAACAAGAAAGGAAAGAAGAGACUCUGAUAAAUAAGUCAGUUUUUGCGUCGCUCGCCAGCACCUUCGCGAGUCUGCAGAAGAGCCGCGCCGGCAGCAGCAGCAGCAGCAGCAUGAGCACAGAGCUGAGCAUGGGGGGCCCGGAGCUGCCCAGCAGCCCUCUGGCUCUGGAAUAUGUCAACGAUUUCGACCUGAUGAAGUUUGACGUGAAGAAGGAAGGCCUGGCGGGGCUGGAUCGCAACGGGGUGCGCCAGUGUAACCGUCUGCAGCCUCAGGGCUCCGUGUCCUCCACUCCCAUCAGCACGCCCUGCAGCUCGGUGCCCUCCUCGCCCAGCUUCAGCCCCACGGAGCAGAAACACCACCUGGAGGAGCUGUACUGGAUGCCCAACAACAGCGGCUACCACCAGCAGCUGGACCCGCAGACGCUCAACCUGACCCCUGAGGACGCGGUGGAGGCCCUGAUCGGAGCCACGGCGCACGGACACCCUCCUCCUCCGCACGUCCAGCAGCAGCUGCAGCAGCAGCAGCAGCAGCAGGGGGGGUUCGAGGGCUACAGAGGCCCGCAGCACCACCAGCACCACCAGCAGCACCAUCACCCGUACGCAGGGGGCAUCCAGCACCACCCCGAGGAGCUGUCCGGUGGAGGACACAACCACCCGCACGGCCAGCACCACCACCACCACAACAACCAGGACCCCGAAAGCCCAUCCCCGGUGUCCCCAGAGUCCCAUCAGCAGCUGCAUCACCACCACCACCGCCACCAUCACCAUCACCACCCGCACCACCUGAGCCAGACGCACCACCACGGCGGCUCCGGGGGCAACGUGGAGGACCGCUUCUCCGACGACCAGCUGGUGUCCAUGUCCGUGCGGGAACUCAACAGACACCUGCGCGGGUUCACCAAGGACGAGGUGAUCCGCCUGAAGCAGAAGAGGAGGACCCUGAAGAACCGCGGCUACGCGCAGUCCUGCAGGUUCAAGCGCGUGCAGCAGAAGCACGUGCUGGAGAACGAGAAGACGCAGCUGAUGAACCAGGUGGAGCAGCUGAAGGCGGAGAUCAGCCGGCUGGCGAGGGAGAGGGACGCCUACAAACUCAAGUGCGAGAAGCUGACGGGCUCGGGGGCCAGCAGCAGCGGCUUCCGCGAGGCCGGCUCCACCAGCGACAGCCCCUCAUCUCCAGAGUUUUUCAUGUGAGUUGUUGCAGCCUUUUUCUCGUGAACAACAAACUCUAUACCCCUUCCACCUUCCCUUUUACACAAGUGACUGAGUUCGCUGAUGAACAAAGCGAUAAUAAUCCACAGCUCCCAUAUGUUUGACUAUAACAAUAACAAUUAUAUUCAUAUUAGAAGAAUAAUCCAUCAAAUAUUAUUCUCAUAUAUAAUUAUCUCCCCCAUCCACGUGUCAACUGAGAUACAACGAGCAACGUAAGAGUGUCCGAACAGUUGCAGCGUCCUUCUAGAUUAGUUGCUUGUAGUGAAGAGACUUUUUUUCUUCUUCUUCUUCAAAGAGGGGGAUCGGCUCACGAAUCCUGUUCUCCUCUCAGGCUACAGCUUUUUAAAUAAUCUGUAUGUAGUGUGGGAUGGUGUUCGGGCAGUUGUUUUAUAAUUUUGAACUUCAGAAUCAUGACAUUGUUAAGAAACAAGCAGGCCUGGUUUCACAGUCUGCAAAUAUAAAGACUCACUUUCGACAAGUGGGCCCUGCAGUCUGAGGAAGAAUCUACACAAACGGGACCCCACUUUAUGCAAAUUUACCUUCAGUCUACUAACCCGUCACAUGAGGGGAACAUUUUAUGCAACAUCUCAUUGAUUUAUUGCCUGCUUGGUUAUAUUCGAAUAUAUAUUGAGACAAAAAAAUCUGCAUUAAAUAUUAAUCCUGCAUGCUGGACAUGUACGGUAAUAAUUUCUAUUUUGUACUUUCAUCCUCUCGUGUAUAUUAAGAGCAUGUUGUUGAUCUGCGUUUCUCCAUAGUUUUUUUGGGGGGGAGGGAGGGUGCGGGGACAGAACAGCAGGACUGCCGGUGCAGUAUCAUACGAUGUGGGUCUCUUUUGGCUUGUAAAUAUUAUGCAACAGCAAAACUGCACAAGAUUCAGGAGGCUGGUUUGAACUUCUUUCUUUGUGUCUGUUUUUAUUUCAGUUAUUGUUUGUAACAAUUUUUUUAUCAUUAGUGAGGAGUCUUGAUUGAAAGAAGAGUGCAUUUUUUAUUAUUUUUUUUAAAGUUGCAUUUUAAUACAACAGACUGCGUGUCAAGUGCACUUUUGGAUGAUGAUUUGAAAGUUUUCAUUUUGAUUUUUGUGCAAGCCUCCCUCCAGGAAGACAUACUAUGAUAUGCAUGUGUAAAAAUAUUCAAAAAAGGCCCGUGCAUAAAGUUUAAGGCUGAUAUUUGGAGGCCGAGAAGAUGCAGAUGUGGCCACAAGAUUACUGGCUCGAGCGCAACAAGACAAAAUUACAUAAACAUACAAUGUAAUUUAAUACUUUUUUCCUCUGUUUUAAUUAAUUUCAACAACUUCAGAAAAGCAUUGGCCGACUUUGUUUUAUCAAUAUUUACACAAACACCACGCAUUUGACCUAAAUGAAAGCCCUUAUCUCUCAUUCCGAUUGGCACUCGCCUGAAAGCCAUUUUCUCUGGGCCUAUAUGAAUCAUUUAUAUUUUGAGAACUCUUAGAAACAGCAUCAAUCUAUUUACCGGAGGUUUUCAUGCAGAAUCAAUAUUCAGAUAUAAGAUACGUGUUUUGAUAGAAAGUUCAACUAAUGCUCUAUGUUUUCCUGAUUUUUUUUCUGCCGGUCAGUAAAAAAGGGGAUUCAGGUUGCGCAAAAUUUCAAAAUGAAAACCAUGUUUAUGUUAUGUAAUACUUUUUUUGUCUGUUUUAUUAUUAUUUGAUGAUUCUGGUUCUGCUGGCCAGAUGCAUAAUAGUUAAAGUUUUUAUUUUUAAUGAUUUAAAUUAAAGUGUCAGAUCAUAUCGAUUAAGCAUGGUGCUUGCAUUGAAACUGUCGUUGAAAAGUCAUGCAUUUAACAAUCGUUCGGUUUGUUGAUUCAACUGUGUUGAAAUCGAAGUGAAACUGCAGCAGCGGGUUGUUGUUUUGUUUUUCUCAAAUUCCAUGUAAUACUUAACGAUGAUGGGGAUCAAUUUUCAAUCCUGUUUAUAUGAAUAACACUUAAAUUUGAACUGUUCCAUUCAGGCUGGUUUCUGUUUUUGUCUUUUUGUUGUUGUUUUUGGAAAAAAAUAAAAUUGUUUCCUAUUUUGCUUAUUAAAGUCAUUGAAAUGGCAUAAAUGACCCCU